AUGAUAAUUGAAUUUCUAGCUUUAAUCUUCAAUCGAGAACAGAACUCACUUAUUGCCAUCCCAGAUAACUAUUCGCCCGAGUUGAAAUAUCACACGUCUUGGGUAACAGUAUGCCCAGCUCAGACCAUCGAUGAGCGAGAAUUUGAUAAAGAAUUCUCUUUUUCCAACGGUUCUUUAUUUGUGAAAAACAUGCAGGAUGAAAGUCUCCCACCUGAUGAAUGUAAAAAUCCUCAGAAGCUCUCUAUGGCAUGGUUCAAAGAAACUGUUGAAUUUGGUUACGAAAUAUAUGUUGAAGAAUCGAAAGGAUUCGUGCCUUCUCAUUAUGAAAGCUACGAAUCAACCAAAUAUCUAUUGGAAAUAAAAUCAUCAUCAUGGACGAAGUUUUUUCAACAUUUGAUUGAAAUGAGCAAGACUGAGGAAGAAGUCAUAUUACAGUUGGAUGAGUCCAAGCCAAUAAUGGAAUUUAUAUGGAUACCUUUAUUUAAAGUUUGGUUUAAAGCGAAUCGGCUUCGAAAAAUUGAAUACCAAAUCAGAAAGGAUAAUAUAAACCCAAUGCCAACGUGUCAAAAUUACAAUUUAGGAGAGGAAUUGUUUUUUCACGCCGACAUAGAUUCGUUUUAUAAAGAAGAAAGCCAAGAGAAAGCAUUUAAUGGAUUGCAAUUGAAAUUAGGAUUGCAGAAAGCUGAAUGCGAAGCAGAAUUUGAUUGUUUAGAAAAAUGGUCAUUAAUUCCAACGGAUCAAUUCCAAUUUGGAUCUUCUUCGCCUCUCAUAUGUUCUAAUAUAACAACCGUGCCAAUUUGGAGAAGUACGGUUAAAAAAAUCCUAGAAAAAUUGGACCGAUAUUUGUACGCCUUGACUCAGGUUUCCGGUAAAUCAUUACGAAUAGUCGCAGGUGUCAGUGGUGUACUUGCGUUACCCCGAAGUCGCAGUUUAAAAGGUCUACUGGCACUUUUAGAUAAUUACGUAUACUUCAAGCACCAGAAAUUCACUAUUCGAGCUCCCCAUCGUAUCUACAAAAUCGUCAAAUACAAGACAAAUGAUUGCGAUAGCAGUCUGGACUCAUCGGUUUGUUGGCACGGUGUAUUAAUUGUAAUAGAAAAUAGCCCCUUUUUCCAAGAAAAGAAUCGAAUUUGCGAAGAUCGAACUGAAAUCUUGAAAUGGACGGAAAUUAAAUACGAGACUUCGUCUUCCGAUGUCGGAGCAAAGCCAUCCAAGUAUAUUUAUGCGUGUAAAAUUAAUCAGAAAUCGAUCGAAGGUGUUGGAUUAACGUAUAAAUUUGAUGUAAUUGUGGGCGAAUUUUCGUUGAGCAUGUUCUCAGAAGAACAGAGGGAAGAAAUUGAUCGAUUGUCUAAAAAAAGGCGAAACGAACAGUUGGUUUUGAAAUUAGCAGUUAAUGAAGUAUUAGAACGUCCAGUGAUUGAUGAUGAAGAUUUCGAUUUAAAGGUUGAUAAAGAUGAUCAAACUAUAAAUGAUGAAAAUCCGACUGAUAAAGAUGAUAGCCCUGAGCCUGAGAGAGAAGAUCAUGGAAAUCCGACCGAAAGUGAUGGUAGCUCUGAGUCUGAGGGAGAAGAUCAGAGCAACAGAAAGAAGAAUGAUUGAAAAUCAUUCAAGACAGAAUCAAGAUACCUACAUUAGUUGCCUGAGUUACCAUUUUUCUUUUUCGGAUAGUGUGAAAAUUUUAUUGUGUGUAGGA